AUGGGUGAAGAUAUGAAGGGAGGCAAGGUAGUGGUGGUGGUGGUGAGAGAAUACGAGGCCGAGAGAGAUAGGUUGGGUGUGGAGGAGGUGGAGAGCCGGUGCGAGGUUGGCCCCACCGGCAAACUCUCCCUCCACACCAACCUUCUUGGCGACCCACUUUGCCGGGUCCGCCAUUCUCCUGCUUAUCUCAUGCUGGUGGCGGAGAUGGUGGCGGCGGCAGACGGAGGAGUAGACAAAGAGAAGAGAGAGAUAGUGGGAAUGAUAAGGGGCUGCAUUAAAACGGUUACGUGCGGGAAAAAACUCUCUAAUAUUAAUGCAAAACUUUCCAAUAAUAAUAAUGAUGAUAAUAAUCAUAAGUGUUUAUUAACAACAACACCUGAUGAGCCACUUCCCCUCCUCACCAAACUUGCCUACAUUUUAGGUCUCCGUGUUUCGCCUUCUCAUCGAAGAAUGGGAAUUGGAUUGAAAAUGGUGGCCAAAAUGGAAGAGUGGUUUGCCGAAAAGGGCGCCGAGUACUGUUACAUGGCAACCGAGAAUGACAAUCGACCGUCGAUCAACCUCUUCACCAAAAAAUGCGGCUACUCCAAAUUCCGCACCCCUCGAAUACUGGUCCAUCCCGUGUUCGCACACCGUGUCCGCAUUUCGACCCGGGCCUCCAUUCUGCAGCUCGGCCCAGCCGACGCAGAGGCCCUCUACCGCCAUCGGUUCUCCACAGUCGAGUUCUUCCCAUAUGACAUCAACACCGUCCUUUCCAAUCCCCUCAGCCUCGGCACUUUCCUUGCCGUCCCGAGUGGGUCCCCAACAUCCUUACACUGGCCAGGAAUCGCCGGGUUCCUCGCGGGGCCGCCCGAGUCGUGGGCCGUGCUGAGCGUGUGGAAUUGUAAGGACGCGUUCACGCUCGAGGUCCGGGGAGCGUCCCGAGUGAAAAAGGCGCUCGCGCGAGCCACGAGGGUUGUGGACCGGGCCUUUCCGUGUCUGGGACUGCCCUCCAUGCCGGAGGUGUUCAGGCCGUUUGGGCUGCAUUUUCUGUAUGGGCUCGGAGGGGAAGGCCCAGAUGCGGUGGGUUAUGUGAGGGCACUUUGUGGAGUGGCCCACAACCUGGCGAGGGAGCGUGGGUGCGGGGUGGUGGCGACGGAGGUGGGGAGCCGGGAGCCGCUCAGGAUAGGGAUUCCGUACUGGAAGAGGCUAUCGUGCGCGGAGGAUCUUUGGUGCAUCAAGCGGCUGGGGGAGGAGGACAGUGACGCGUCAGUGGGUGAUUGGACCAAGUCAUCACCUGGUCUUUCCAUAUUUGUUGACCCUAGAGAUGUCUGA